AUGCACUUAACCGGUCCAAUACCUGGUGAGACGCAGGAGGAGCCCGGCCCGGAGUCACCCCACAGUGCCCAGAACCUCCACGCACCACAAGCCCCACCCCAUGUCAGACAUUCCGAACACCGCCGGGUCAAGUGGCCUGCUGCCAACAAGGAGAGAGAGUGGCUCCAGUUCGAUGAGGACCUGGACAAAAUCCUUGAAGCUACUGCAAGGGGGGGUGUAGACCAGAAGCUGCGGGCUCUGUCAGCAAUGAUCAUCAGCAUCGGAGCCGAAAGGUUUGGUAUUAAGGAACAACAGCUGACCAGAGGUGUGGCAGAGCCAAACCGACGGGAAGUGAAGAUCAGCCAGCUAAGGAGUGAGCUCAGACUGCUUGGGCGGCAGUUUAAGCAGGCAAGGGAGGAUGAAAAGGCUGGUCUGGCAGAACUCCGCCACACCCUGAGGAAAAGACUAACCACCCUCCGGCGAGCUGAGUGGCAUAGGAGGAGGGGCAAGGAGAGAGCCAGGAAACGUGUCGCCUUCAUUUCUAACCCUUUUGGAUUUACGAAGAAGAUCCUCUGGCAGAAAAAAAGUGGCCAUCUUGCGUGCACUGAAGAAGAGGUUAACAAGUACCUCAGCACCACCUACAGUGACAGUGCAAGAGACAAAGACCUCGGGCCAUGUAAAACGUUGAUAACUCCGCCGGAACCCACCUCGGAAUUUAACAUCAGGGAGCCAACUUUGAAAGAAGUUGAAGAAGUCGUCAAGGCUGCUAGAACUAGCUCCACACCAGGCCCGAGUGGAGUGCCGUAUGUCGUCUAUAAGAGGUGCCCCAGACUCUUGAAGAGGUUAUGGAAACUAAUCAAGGUCAUCUGGAGGAGGGGGAAGGUGGCGCAACAGUGGCGACACGCAGAGGGUGUCUGGAUCCCGAAGGAGGAGAACUCAAGUACAAUCGAACAGUUCAGAGUCAUCUCGCUCCUCAGUGUUGAGGGCAAAAUUUUCUUUAGUAUUCUUGCCCGACGCCUGACGGAGUUCCUUCUGAGGAACAAGUACAUCGAUACCUCGGUGCAGAAGGGGGGAGUCCCAAAGAUGCCAGGAUGUAUCGAGCAUACAGGAGUUGUCACUCAGCUCUUACGUGAGGCACGUGAACGCAAAGGGGAUCUGGCAGUCCUCUGGCUCGACCUCGCCAACGCCUACGGGUCAAUCCCUCAUAGGCUGGUAGAAGCCGCACUUGACCGACACCACGUUCCAGACAAGACAAAGCACCUCAUACUGGAUUAUUAUAAUUCCUUCAGUCUGAGAGUCACCUCUGGAACGGAAACAUCUGCAUUUCAUCGGCUUGAGAAGGGCAUUAUCACGGGAUGUACUAUUUCCGUGAUAUUGUUUGCCUUGGCGAUGAAUAUGCUGGUGAAGUCUGCAGAGGUAGAGUGCAGAGGCCCACUCACCAAGUCAGGCAUACGGCAGCCCCCCAUAAGAGCAUUUAUGGAUGAUCUGACGGUGACCACAACAUCGGUUCCGGGGUGCAGAUGGAUCCUCCAAGGGCUCGAGCACCUCAUCAACUGGGCUCGGAUGGAUUUCAAGCCAGCUAAGUCCAGGUCCCUGGUGGUAAAGAAAGGGAAGGUUACAGACCAGUUCCGCUUCUCACUAGGAGACAUCCAGAUACCAUCUGUCGGAGAAAAUCCAGUCAAGAGUCUGGGUAAGAUCUACGACUGCACCCUGAAGGACACCGCAGCUCUCCAGACAACCACCAACCAGUUGGUAAUCUGGCUGACGGCUGUGGACAAGUCAGGUCUGCCAGGUAAAUUUAAAGCCUGGAUCUACCAGCACGGCAUCCCGCCCCGACUGCUCUGGCCACUGCUGGUCUACGAUGUGCCAAUUACCACCGUUGAAUGCUUUGAGAGGAAAGUCAGCAGUUCCCUGCGGAAGUGGCUAGGCCUACCACGAAGCCUCAGUGACAUCGCCUUGUACGGGAGGAAGAACAAGCUAAAAUUGCCCUUCAGCAGUCUGAAGGAAGAGUUUAUGGUAACCCGAUCAAGAGAGGUGCUACUGUAUAGAGACUCCAGUGACAUCAAGGUCUCUGUGGCAGGCAUAGAAGUCAGAACCGGCAGGAAGUGGAAGGCCCAAGAGGCAGUAGACCAGGCUGAGUCACGGCUGCGACAUAGUGAGCUGAUGGGGGCAGUGGCAUCUGGACGGGCAGGACUCGGGAGCAAUCCAAGACCUCGCUUUAACAAGGCCCAGGGGAAGGAAAGGAGGCAGCUGAUUCAAGAGGAGGUCCGAGCUGGGGUGGAAGAAGUCCGCUGCAGCAGGUCAGUAGGGAUGAGGCAACAGGGAGCAUGGACUCGAUGGGAGCAGGCGGCAGACCGGAAAAUAUCGUGGACAGAAUUGUGGAAGUCUGAGACACACCGGAUUAACUUCCUGGUUCAGUCUGUCUAUGAUGUCCUCCCCAGUCCAUCCAAUCUCUUCCGCUGGGGCCUGGCAGAGACACCACUGUGCCCACUCUGCCAGAGAGGAGGUUCAUUAGAGCACAUCUUGAGCUGCUGCUCAAAAGCACUGGGAGAGGGGCGCUACCGUUGGCGCCACGACCAAGUACUGAGGGUCAUUGCAGAGGUUAUCAGCACUGGGAUCGCGUGCAGUAGAUACCAGCAGCCAGCAAGGCAGAACAUCGGCUUUGUUAAAGCUGGGGAGAAGCCACACCAGCGCCUGAAGCAAUCAGGGGGGCUGCUGGCAACAGCACAGGACUGGCAGCUGAAGGUCGACCUUGGGAAACAGCUCAAAUUCCCAGAAAACAUCGCAGUGACCACACUCAGGCCAGACAUUGUCCUGGUGUCAGAAAUAACAAGGCAAGUGGUCCUGCUGGAGUUGACUGUUCCCUGGGAGGACCGGAUGGAGGAGGCUUUUGAGAGGAAGAGGGCCAAGUAUGAGGAGCUGGCAGGCGAAUGCCGAAGCAGGGGGUGGAGGACCCGAUGUAAUCCCAUCGAGGUCGGGUGCAGAGGAUUCGUCGGCCAGUCACUGAUUAGGGCCCUCAAGAUGCUUGGAGUGGAGGGACUGCACAUCAGAAAAGCCAUCAAGAACAUCACGGACGCCGCCGAAAAGGCGUCAAGAUGGCUAUGGAUCAAGCGGGGCGAUCGGUGGAUCUUACAAGCUACUCAGACACAAGCCAGGGUCUGA